AGUGCAAUUGAUAAGCAUGUAUAGAAGCCGUAAUUUGGGAUGCGUCAGACAAGAAACUAGCAAUUAUAGCUAGCAGAAUUAUUGAUAAGAAAGCGGGCGACUGAUAAGCAAAGCUAAAGGGAACGGAAACACAAGUUAAAAGCGCCUCGCACAACAACAGCAAUCAGUUGUGAGCAGACCGCACAGCAAAACAGACGUACAGUAGCAGAUGAAUGAAUGACUGCGAGACGAGGCAACGACAAGUGCAAGAAACAAGUUACUAUAACAACAAAAGCAACAGUGAAGAAGAUACUCGCAAGCUUUUAGGCGGCAGGGGUCAGCGAUCUUAAACCAACAACUGGCAUUAACAGGGCGUCAUUAUUAGUGCGUGUAAAAUACCAAAUACAAACAUAAUUUCAAGGGUGUUCAUGUAUUUGUGUAAAUAAUUGAGUAAUAAAUUAGCUGAUUCAUCUGCUUAGUGAAGCAGCGGCCGUUUUGUUUAAAGUACUUACGUGUACAGAACCCCAAGCAAAGCAACUCACGUUACAGUUGUUCAAGCAACUUCAGCACAAUGGCACCACCCACAGUUUUGGUCACUGGCGGCGCUGGCUAUAUUGGCUCGCACACAGUGCUGGAGAUGCUCAAUGCUGGCUACAACGUCAUCUGCGUGGACAAUCUCUGCAAUGCUUUUAGCAGUGGAGCAGCUAAGCUCCCGGAGGCGCUCAGUCGUGUGCAGGAAAUCACCGGCAAGAAGGUCAACUUUUAUCGCGUGGACAUCACAGAUCGCGAGCAAGUUCGUUCGGUCUUCCAGGAGCACAAAAUUGAUAUGGUGGCGCACUUUGCUGCAUUGAAGGCUGUGGGCGAGUCCUGCCGUAUACCCUUGCAAUACUAUCACAACAAUAUGACGGGCACAAAUGUGCUGCUCGAGGCUAUGGCGGACAAUAAUGUCUUCAAGUUUGUCUAUAGCUCGAGUGCAACUGUUUAUGGAGAACCAAAGUUUUUGCCUGUCACCGAGGAGCAUCCCACAGGCAAUUGCACAUCGCCCUACGGCAAGACCAAAUACUUUACUGAGGAGAUUCUUAAGGAUUUGUGCAAAUCCGACAAGCGUUGGGCUGUAGUUUCCUUGCGCUACUUCAACCCCGUGGGCGCUCACAUAAGCGGUCGCAUAGGCGAGGAUCCCAAUGGCGAGCCCAACAAUCUUAUGCCCUACAUUGCCCAAGUGGCUGUGGGUCGUCGUCCCAAACUUAGCGUCUAUGGCAGCGAUUUUCCCACCAAGGACGGCACUGGUGUGCGCGACUACAUACAUAUCGUUGAUCUGGCUGAGGGUCAUAUCAAAGCUUUGGACAAGCUGCGCAACAUAGCCGAAACAGGUUUCUUUGCUUACAAUCUGGGCACAAGCGUUGGCUGCUCUGUGUUGGAUCUAGUCAAGGCUUUUGAGGUGGCCUCCGGCAAGAAGAUCAACUACGAAUUGGUUGACAGACGCUCGGGUGAUGUGGCCACCUGCUAUGCGGAUGCCCAGCUGGCCGAACGUGCGCUGGGCUGGAAGGCAACGCGCGGCAUUGAUAAAAUGUGCGAGGAUACGUGGCGCUGGCAGAGCCAGAACCCCAAUGGUUAUGCCAACAAGUAGUCUAGCGUUUGUAGCCCAUAAUAUACGUGCCACAUGCUUUCCAUAUAGAGCCUAUUGCUUAGUUCCUCAGACGCUUUCCAAUUAUUUAAUUUUUUUAAUUAGCUAACGCAUUUUUGUUUUUUUCAAAAGUGCAAAAUGAUGUUACAAAAUUUUAUUGUAUGUGUGUAAUUAAAAAACAUAACGAAACAAAAAAACAUUAUGUAAGCUGAUGCAAGCAAGGUGCUUACAAUAUCAUUACCCGUUAUCUGUCUCUCUUGGCAAACAGAAUGCGGUUACAAUGUCAAGGUCAAAUCGAAGGCCGGCCGUCGUAAAUAAACAACAAGCGCUUUGAAGUCUUUGUCUAGCGGCAAAACAUUUAUUUUAAUGCAAUCUAAACAUUUACAAAAUAUUUGUUGUA